CUUCGACUCUGUCUAGCUGCACAUUGUGCUCUGGGAAACAUGGCUGAGGAAAAGUACGAGCUCAUCACGCGGCGACUGCAGGAGGUGCUCGGCGGCGACCUCAUCAAAGGCGUCCUUGCGGAAGGACGCACACCAAAAUGCUACUGGGGCACUGCACCGACCGGACGACCACACAUCGGGUACUUCGUACCGCUCACGAAAAUCGCAGACUUCCUGCGCGCGGAUGUCGAGGUCACCAUCCUCCUUGCGGAUGUUCACGCGUUUCUCGACAACCUCAAGGCGCCAUUGGAGCUGGUGGCCCACCGGACUCACUACUACAAGAAGAUCCUCAUGGCCGUCUUCACCUCGCUAGGGAUUCCUACGUCUAAACUGCACUUUGUCGAAGGAUCAUCCUACCAGUUGACGAAGGAAUACAACCUCGACAACUACAAGCUGUGCGCGAUCGUAACGGAGCACGAUGCGAAGAAGGCUGGAGCGGAGGUGGUGAAGCAGGUCGAGAGCCCAUUGCUGAGUGGGCUACUCUACCCUGGACUGCAGGCUUUGGAUGAGCAGUACCUUGGCUGCGAUUUCCAGUUCGGCGGUGUCGAUCAGCGUAAAAUCUUCACGUUCGCGGAGCUCUACCUCCCCCGCCUCGGCUACAAGAAGCGCGCACAUCUCAUGAACCCGAUGGUCCCAGGCCUCGGCGGCGGCAAGAUGUCCUCGUCCGACCCUGAUUCGAAGAUCGACUUCCUCGACGCGCCCGAGGUCGUGCGGCGCAAGAUCAAGAAGGCGUUCUGCGAGGAGGGUAACGUCGACGAGAACGGCGUCCUCUCCUUCGUCGAGGCCGUGCUCAUCCCGAUCAGCGAGCUGCGCAUCGAGCGCGCGAAGGGCCUCACUGGGGCGGAGGCGGACGAGGGCGCGGGCGCGACGGACCAGACGCCGUUCUCGGCGGAGGGCGCGCCGGAGGGCACGGUGUUCUCGAUUGUGCGGAAGGAAGAGCAUGGGGGGUCGCUGCACUACAGCUCGAUCGACGGGCUGAAGGAGGACUUCAAGGCGAAGAAGGUGCAUCCGCAGGACCUGAAGACGGCGGUGGCGAAUGCGAUCAUCCGGCUGUUGGACCCCAUACGGGCGACGUUUGAAAAGGACGAGGAGUGGCAGAAGGUCGAGAAGCUGGCUUACCCCGAUCCCAACGCGAAGCCGGAGAAAAAGAAGAAGGUCAAGGUCUACCACCCGCCGCCGCCCGGUAAGGGCAAGAAUGCGAAGCCUGCCCAGGACGGGGCCGCUACGGAGACCGCGCCACCCGACGCUCCUGCUGAGGGUGCGCACUCCACGGCAGAAGCUGCCAAACAGCAAGAGCCGUCCUCAUAGCGCGCGUAGAGGUAGACGGAUGAAGUCAAUGUUGUAUGUACGUAUACACAGAGUGGAUGCAGCUCAUUACCUUGCGUACGCGAUCUAGUGUUACUGACGAUAGAGAAAC